AUGUUUGGAGCAAGUGGUUCAGUUUCUGUGUCGGGCAAGAUGUCAUCUCCAGCCUAUCGAUCUCCAACUGCCGGGUCUACUGAAGUGACACCUUCCGCAACACCUGGAGAUGUUGCUACACAAGCAACGGAGCAGCCUACACAGGACCCUGCACCUGAAAGUAAACCAAAGAGGAAGGGCAGAGUAACUUCUAAAGUAUGGAAUGAUUUUGCUAGACUCAGUGAGGAAGUAGCAGAAUGUAAUCACUGUAAGAAGAAAAUGCAAGCCAAAACUCAAGGAAAUGGAACAUCUAAUAUGAGGACACACCUGACUAGAUGUCGUGAAAAUCUCAACAGGAAGAAAAAAGGACAGCAAAGCUUGGUGUUUACAAUACCAAAACCUGGGAAAUCUUCGCAACUACUUUCUCUUAGUUAUGACAAGGAAAUGUGUAGAAGGAAAUUGGCUGAGUUUGUGAUACAAGAUGUGCUACCUUUCAGAUAG